AUGACCCGAUCCGAUUCGGUCUGUGAUACACGGAGGCCAUUCUUUAGUCGAACAUUAGUUAGCUCAUUUUUCUUCAAAUUUUAUCUUUACGUAACGCAACAAUUACAAAAGACGUAUCCUAGCGUCGCAGUUGAUAAAGUAUCGUCUGAUGAAUUGUCAAUUAUCGAACCAUACAUUCGUGAUUUAUCACAUGGUGAACAAGAGUUUCAAUCAAAACCAAUUUCUAAUCAUAUUGUUGGCUCAUCAUUGGUACAUAAUAGUGCUUAUUUACAUGGUACAGGAGAAGCCAAAUACACUUGUGAUAUACCGACACCUUCAGAUGGACUUUAUUCAAUCCCUGUUUUAAGUACUCAGCCUUAUGCAAAAAUUUUGUCUAUUGAUAAAACAAAAGCAGAAGAAGUACCUGGUUUUAAAGCAUUCAUUACUCAUUUGGAUCUACCUGGUUGUAAUUUAACAGGUGAUGUUGUUAAUGAUGAAGAAGUAUUUCCAUCAUCAAUUGUUUAUUGUGUUGGUACAAUAAUCGGUCUGGUUGUUGCUGAUACUGAAAUGCAUGCACAGCAAGCAGCAAAAUUAAUUGAUAUUAAAUACGAAUGUUUAAAACCGUUAAUAUUUACAAUUGAUCAGGCGGUCGAACAAAAAUCUUAUUUGGGACGGGAACUUGCUUUACAAUUUGGUAAUGUAGAACAAGGCUUCCAAGAAUCAGAUCAUACGUUAACCGGUGAAUUUUACAUUGGUGGACAAGAACAUUUUUAUUUAGAAACAAAUUGUUGUUUGGCUAUACCGCAUGAACGAGGUGAAUUGGAAUUGUACGUAUCAACACAAAAUGCAACUGGUGUACAAGAAAAAGUAGCUGCAGUAUUAGGUAAAUAG